UCGUUUCAGGAAUGCAGUAAAAAACAGAAAAACGACGAUACGCAAAGUACAUCUGUUGAUGCAUUGGGCUCAAAUGAUGAUUUUGAAGAGAAAAAUGAGUUUCAUACAUUGGCUAAUGCUAAAAUAUUCCUUAGCGACUGCCUAGCUUGUGACAAUUGUAUGACAUCAGAAGAAGGAGCCAGAGUUUUCCAACAGAAUCAGAAGGAGCUCUUUCGUAUUCUUAACCUUAAUAAGAAAUGUGAUACCUCAAAACACAAAGUGUUGGCAGUGUCUAUAUGCCCUCAGUCAUUGCCUUAUUUUGCUGCUAAAUUCAAUCUCUCUGUGAAUGAUGCAGCCAAGAGACUCUGUGGUUUCCUCAAAGGUCUUGGGGUGCAUUAUGUAUUUGACACCACUAUAGCUGCUGAUUUCAGUAUCCUGGAGAGCCAGAGGGAAUUUGUGCAGCGGUACCAACGGAGGAACCAGGACGAGCAUGCCUUACCGAUGUUUGCCUCUGCUUGCCCUGGUUGGAUCCGGUAUGCUGAAAGGGUACUUACCAAUCUUGUGACCUCUCACAUUUGCACUGCAAAGUCUCCACAGCAGAUCAUGGGCUCCCUGGUGAAGGGCUACUUUGCCAGGCAGCAGAACUUGUCUCCUGAUAAAAUUUUCCAUGUAAUUGUGGCGCCUUGUUAUGACAAAAAACUGGAAGCCUUGCGGGAAGACUUCUACACUGCCUUGUAUAAUUCGCAAGAAGUUGAUUGUGUUCUGACAUCAGGUGAAAUUGUCCAAAUAAUGGAACAGAAAAAUGUGUCUAUGAAAGAUGUGACUGAAGUAGCUGUAGAUAGUUUGUUUGAUGAAAUAAAGGAGGGAGAUGUAGUAAGGCAUGAUGGGAAGAGAUCCGAUGGUUACCUGGAGCACAUUUUUAAACAUGCUGCAAAGGAGCUUUUUGGCUUGGAUGUCAAGGAAAUCACAUACAAAGCAUUAAAGAACAAGGACUUUCAAGAAGUUACCCUUGAAAAGGAUGGUGAGACAGUGCUGCGUUUUGCAGCAGCUUAUGGCUUUAGAAAUAUCCAAAACAUGGUUCUGAAGUUGAAAAAAGGAAAGUUUUUAUACCAUUUUGUAGAAGUCCUUGCCUGCCCAGGAGGGUGCCUAAAUGGAAAAGGUCAGGCUCAAACUGAAGAUGGAAAACCAGACAAAGCACUGCUUAACCAGAUGGAAGAAGUGUAUGCUGCAAUACCUGUUAGACUUCCAGAAACCAACAUGCACGUACAGAAGAUGUACCAGGACUGGCUGGAAGGCAUGGACUCUAAAAAAGUCCAGGAAACUUUGCACACCAAAUACAGUGCAGUAAAUCAAACAGCAAGCAAUUUAGAUAUCAAAUGGUAAUAAAUCAAACUUGCAAAAGAUUUGUUUAGGUUAGUUACAGAUUCAGCACUGGAAACAUUCUAUGCAAUCGCAGAUGCUAUGCACUAGCCGAGUGUAUGAAUGAGAUGCUUCCUAAUUGUGGAUUAUUGUUUGAGAAGAACCAUUGCUUUUUAAAAACAGAAAGAGAAGUCUCCGAAAGCCCUGGUUCCUGCCAUUGUCAUUUAACUUUUACUGUUGUGUAAUGUCCUGCGUAUAAUGGAUUUCUUUAUUCAAAAACGUGAUCUUGCAAGGUACAUAAACACUUUCUGCCAGGAGCAGGGAGUG